AUAAUAAAGAACCCAGAGACACAUCUGUGCGACAAAUAUCUGAUAGUGAAGAACCCAGAGACACAUCUGCGCGACACAUACCUUAUAAUAAAGAACCCAUAGACACAUCUGCACAACAAAUAUCUGAUAAUGAAGAACCCAUAGACACGUCUGCAGAGCAAAUAUCUGAUAUUGAAGAACCCAUAGACACAUCUGCAAAACAAAUAUCUGAUAGUGAAGAACCCAUUGACACAUCUGCACGACAAAUAUCUGAUAGUGAAGAACCCAUAGACACAUCUGCAGAGCAAAUAUCUGAUAUUGAAGAACCCAUAAACACAUCUGGACAAUACAUAUGUGACAACGAAGAACCCAGAGACACAUCUGCACAACUCAUAUCUGAUAACGAAGGACCCACAGACACAUCUGCACAAAGGAACAAUAAUGUGAACAGCGAUGUUUUGUAUCCUGAGGAAGACUUUUUUCAGACUUUGGUUGAAAGUGAUGAUACUGACGCAGUGUACAGCGGCGAUGUAAUUAAAUUACUCUCAGAAAUUGAUGAAACAGUCGCUGAAUCUUACUAUUACUGAAAGUGAUGGUACUGUCAUAUUUUACAAUGGAAAAGUACCUGGAUUACUCUCAGACGCUAAUGAAGCAGCCAUUGCAUUCUACUCAUUGAUAGAAGAUGGUCAGGAAAAUGUUUUAGAUUUAGAGGACGUUAUCUCAUCUUAUUCAGCAUGUUCAGGGACUUUCGAUUUUGUGACAUGAAAUAAGACAUUUUGACCAUAAAUGCUAGUAUACUGUAAUCAUCAGUCUCACAUGAAUAUUAUACAAAUGUUUCAUUUUAUUUGGGUGAAUACUAUACUCUAGGUAUAUUUCAGGUUUGAUUUAGUUUCAUGUUUUUUGAGGUCAGGGGUAUUCAUUGAAAAGAGAAUGAAAUAUUUGUUUUAUUAUUAUUUAUAGUUAUAUUACUUUCAAGCUUACGAUCAUCCAUAUUGUUUAUCUAUAUGUUCAAAAAUUGAUUAAAAUAUUUUGAAUAUUCACCAGUUUUCUAAAUUCGGUAUGACCAGUGAUUAUAGCUUAAUCUAUCAUGACAUGUGACCAGUUUUAACCAAUCAUUCAAUCAGUGCUACUGAAAAUAUUGGAUUUACUGUAUGUACCAAGAUAAAAAUAAAUAAACAAG